AGAAACGUCAAGAACAUGUGUGUUCUUUUGACUCUUGUUUCGACAGUAAUGUCAAUUUUUUUUUGAGAAUAUGAUUUGAAAAUUUUAAAACAACCAAUCCAAAUUCCAGUGAAGAUAAUGUCUUGUUGUCGAAGGUCCAGAUCGUCAGCAUCGCAGAAUAAUUUAAGAUGCGAUUUGUGCGGAAAAGUUUUCCCGUAUUCACCAGAAUGUGUUGGUCAGCUCGGACAGCAUACCUGUGCUGAACAUUGGCUAGAAAAAAUAGGACAUUUCGUAAGCAAAAAAGCCAAUCGAAGUCCUCCCGUCGAAAUUCAAUGGAUAUCAAAUGCGAAAGUCAAUGUGAAACGACUGAAACACGAGAAUUUUUUAGAUUUGUAUAAAACAACAAUUGAAAGCUGGCAUGAUGGACCAACAGAACUACGAUGCUGCUCAUGCGGAUAUGUAGGUCCACCCUAUAUAAGGAGGCAGAAAAAUAAGGUUGCAUCAACCCGAUUUGGUCAAUAUCUUCUUAUGGCAUGCUGGCCUCUAUGUUUCGCCCCAAUGUCGUCAAAAAAUGACAUAACCUUAUAUUGUAAGCAAUGUGGGGCACUCUUUGGGUCCUAUGACAUGGAAAAUGGCUGUCUCAUACAAUCUUGCUCUUCGUCGUGCCUCGAAUGUGCAGAAUCUUAUUGUAGUCAAUGUUAACAAUUUUAUCCCAAUGUAACAAGAAUAUUUGAAUAAACUUGAGUAUCUAUGAUUCUAAACCAUAA